CAAUACCGCCGACGACUACUGCGCCUUUCCCUUUUCACAUCCCACUUUUCGUCCCCCGACAAAUCCGUCCAAAUUGGUGACGGAAGCCGUCAUAAAACGCCCCCACUCGUCCUGCGUGGCCCUUUCCACUGGCGGCGGUCAGCCAUGCCCGAACCGGACCGGUGAAUUGCCCCACGUGUGUGCAGUGCAGUGCAGUGCUUAUAAAUACUAGUCUAUAUGACUCCGCUUCUUCUUCAUCAUCAUCCACCAAUUCCUGCGUAGAAAAUUGGAAGCAGAGAGAUGAAAGGAGACGGCGGGGUUUUGCAGACGCAGUUGGCGUUACCUCCCGGUUUCCGGUUCCACCCGACGGACGAGGAGCUGGUUGCUCACUAUCUUUGCCGGAAAUGCGCCUCCCUGUCCCUCGGCGUGCCCAUCAUCGCCGACCUUGAUCUCUACAAGUUCGACCCGUGGCAGCUUCCCGGGAUGGCUUUGUACGGUGAAAAAGAGUGGUACUUCUUCACCCCGAGGGACCGGAAGUACCCGAACGGUUCACGGCCUAACCGGGCCGCCGGGACCGGGUAUUGGAAGGCUACCGGAGCCGACAAGCCCGUCGGCAAACCAAAAACGUUGGGGAUAAAAAAGGCUCUAGUUUUCUACGCCGGGAAAGCCCCCAAAGGGUUGAAGACCAAUUGGAUUAUGCACGAGUACAGGCUGGCAAACGUUGACCGCUCAUCCGCCGCCAAGAGAAACAACUUGAGACUGGAUGAGUGGGUGUUGUGUCGAAUAUACAACAAGAAAGGCACCCUGGAGAAGUACCCGAAUUGCGGAAGUAGCAGGGACCAAAAUGAAGUCAAAUUCCCGGAUCAAAAGCCGAGAACCAUGAGCCCUUUGCCACUUCAGAACGAUGCGGUGCCGAAGUGGCAGAGGACGGGAGUCUCAAGCUGCUGCUCGGAGCAAAUACAGUCAUCCUGUGACAAGGAGAUCCAAAGCGCCGCCCCCAAGUGGGACAUCGACGAAGACCUCCAUUUCCUCCACUUACUCAACAGCACCAACAACAAUAACAAUCUGGAUGCCUUUCUAAGAAGCCACCCUCUCUCCUCGCAAAUGCCACAGCAGUAUAUCGACCCUUUAAACCCCUUCCAACAAGACAUCUUCUUCAUGCCAAACAAGUCAUCAUCCCCUUUCAACUUCUGUUGAUACUAUGUUCUCUGUGUGUGUUUGGGGGGGGGGGGGGGGGGGGUUGGGCUAUGUAUUUAUAUUGCGUCGGAGACGUUGUCUGAUUCGGGUAUGUAUUGAUGGAUUUGAUGCUGCUUAGUGUUGUGACAUCCUUCACAUCUACAUGUUAUGACUCGGGAACCCUCUACUCACUGUUAGUGGCCACCCACCCCGCCUUGUCACUAACAAUCAUAUCAUAUUAACAAUUUUAUUUCAUAUUUUAAAAUUCACAUCAUUUCAUCGCAAUUUCAAAACUAAUAUCUUAUCAACCAUAUUUUGCUCAGUAAACAGGCCCUAAAGCC